GGUUUCUCCUGGUUCUCUGAGCUCACAGCAGAAGGGAUGUGGGCCUGCUUCUUCCCAGUAGCUGUCCCAGCCUCACAAAGAAAAGUCGUCCCUUCCCCUCCAGACUUUGGGAGCAGCUAUCACGUCAAAGGAGUGAUCUCUCUGCCCUAUUCUGAGAUCAAGGAGCCCUUUGAGGCCUGGAUAGAUCUUGCUGCAAAGUCCAGCCGCAUAGACUAUUAUCAUGGCAAAGUGUCCACAUACCAGCUGGCGGCCGAGGAGCCGUGGGGCGUUUCCUAUAAGAUCGGCUCUGAGACCACAGAGAUUGAUAAGAAUGUGAAGAGGUGCUUUCUGGUCAACGGAACAAAGAAUGAAACUGUCACACCGCAGGCAUCGCUGCCUGAUGUGCAGGGCUUCCAGUUCCUGAGACGGGAGUAUUACAAAUGUUCCCUGUGUGAAGUCUGGCAGAAUGUGACCACUGUGGGUAACAAGAAGAACACCUACACACUGUGGGUGACCCGUUCAGAUACGGGCGCUGAUGGAAAAGAGACUAAUACUCCUCUCCACUAUGAGAUGAUGGGAUACAACACACUGCUGGGGUCUCACUAUGAUAAAUACUGGGUGGACUACAAGGAGUUCAGUACUCAUGUGGACCCCAAAGACUUCUCCCUGCCUGAAGCUAUGAGCUGUGAGGGAUUUCCUGGUCCAGGAGUGGAGCACCACAUGUUGGCCAAUCCAAUGAGAGACCUCAUCGACACCUCGGCCUCCGGUCACUUACAUAACAUGUUCAGCCAUUUCAAGGAGAAGUUUCAGCGUCAGUACAGCGAUGAAAUUGAACAUGAGAAGAGGGAGAAGGCUUUUCUUCAUAGUCUUCGGUUUAUUCACUCAACGAACCGAAAAGGGCUGUCUUUCUCUGUGGGUGUGAACCAUUUCUCAGAUCGCACCAGGUCAGAACUAGGCAUCAUGACAGGAAGGAGGAAAUGGCUGGGCUGUCUUUCUCUGUGGGUGUGAACCCUUUCGCAGAUCGCACCAGGUCAGAACUAGGCAUCAUGACUCCAAAUAAAGGUCUCCGCUUCCACUCCGAGAUUUAUGAAUGGGUGAAAGUGCCCGACUCACAUGACUGGAGGCUUUAUGGUACAUUUACAAAUGAGCACUAAACUAAAGAGACAUAACAUGGGACUGAACCGGUUGAGAAAUCUAAAUAGUCUUCCAUUGAUAUUUGUGAAUGAGUGAGUAUGUAUUCUUGAGUGUGACAUGAAAAUCACCAUCUGUGGUGAUUCGUAUGUAAGGCAGAUGCAGUUAUUAUUUUUUGUGUCUGUUUUUUGAUAAACGUUCAAGUGCUUCCCUGUAGUACAGAUAUUCUACAUUUAUACCCCUCUAUUCUUUUAUAUGAACAAUGAUUUGUGGUUACUGUUGUCAUUGUUUAACAAUAAAUGAGCAAUAAACAUGUGCUUCAUGUAACA